CUGACUGGUGGAUCACUGGACUGGUGGACAAUGUUGGCCGAGCUGGAACAGUCUCUUCCCGUUCGCCGGACGAAAGCUAAAGUGAACGAUUGCAAUUGGAUUGUGCACACGAUGUGUAAUGUUGCUGUUCUGUUCCGUGGUAGGAAACCGCAAAAUUUGCCAAUCUGAUGAUUGCACCGGAAGAUCGUACCGAAGCCGAACGAUGACGUGAGUUAGCGAGAGCUCUCGCGAGUAAGCAGACUGCGUGGUGGACCGAUGGGUGUUUUAGAAGAGAGAUUACUCAAUUGAAGAUGAUCACCGUUGAUUAAGAUGCGCUGCGGGUGUAGAUGUAGAGUGGUGAGUGACCAAAGAUUCAUAGUGCGACGACAAUCAUAGAUCUGGCGAAACCAACAAUGAUCCCUCCAGUCGUUCAACGGUUGUUGGUGGUGACGGAACAAACCGGUGAUCAUCCCGUGGGUGACCAUGGCGGAAGCGAAACGUGCACGUGGUCAUUGGGCGUCCAAAACGGAGUUUAUUCUUUCGUGCAUGGGAUACGCCAUUGGGUUGGGCAAUGUUUGGCGGUUUCCGUACCUGUGCUACCGGAACGGUGGUGGUGCCUUUCUGGUGCCCUAUCUGCUGAUGCUGGCGCUCUGUGGCAUUCCGCUUUUCUUUCUCGAAGUUUGCCUUGGCCAGUUCAGUGGUACCGGUUGUGUGACGGUGUUUAAAAUCGUGCCACUACUGAAGGGUGCCGGUAUCGCGAUCGUAGUCAUCAAUUUCAUCUGUACGGCCUACUACAACGUCAUCCUAUCGUAUCCGAUUCUGUUUCUGUGGAAAUCGCUAAGCAGCCAGCUGCCCUGGGAAGGCUGUCAGAAUGCCUGGAAUACGGACCGUUGCUUGGAGUUGCGUGGCGAUGGACGUGCGACCGAAGCAUUUCUUAACAGCUCAGUGAUGGCGCACUCGGAACGAUACCGCACACCGGCGGAUGAGUUUUUCCACAACGAAAUCUUGCAAAUAUCCGACGGCAUCGACCAGCUGGGAGGUAUCGUGUGGCCACUGUUUGUGUGCAAUCUGGUCGCGUGGAUCAUCAUUUUCUGCUGCAUCGCAAAGGGUGUCCAGUCGGUGGGCAAGGUCGUAUACUUUACGGCCACGUUCCCCUUUCUCAUUCUGGCGAUUCUGCUCGUUCGCGGUGUCACACUUCCCGGUGCGCUGGACGGUAUCCGGUUCUACAUUAUGCCUCAGUGGAGCCAGCUGUCCAACCUGAAGGUUUGGGCGGACGCGGCCAUCCAGAUAUUCUUCUCGCUCGGCCCCGGCUGGGGUGGCAUCGUGAAUAUGGCCAGUUACAAUCAGUUCAAAAACAACACCAAACUCGAUUCGAUACUGAUCCCGCUCAUUAACUGUGGGACCAGCAUCUUUGCCGGGUUUGUGGUGUUCUCGGUGCUGGGAUACUUCUCACAUCAAACCGGUCUCCCUGUUGCCACGGCUGCUACCGGUGGACCGGGCCUAGCUUUUAUCACGUACCCCGAGGCGAUCAGCAUGUUGCCCCUCGCGCCACUGUGGGCCUGUCUGUUCUUCAGCAUGCUCUUCCUGCUCGGAAUCGAUACGAUGUUUGUGCAAAUUGAAGCCAUCAUUUCAUCCGUCCUGGACGUGUUUCCUACGUUACGAUCGAGUAAGCUGCCCAUCACGGCAGCCACUUGUUUCCUUCUGUUUUUACUUUCAACCUCCUGUGUCACGCGGGGUGGAAUGUAUCUGAUACAGCUGUUCGAUUGGUACGCCGCAUCGAUUUCUGUGAUACUGAUUUGCAUUGUGGAGGUCGUUGCUGUUGCGUGGAUUUACGGUUGUGACAAUUUCGUCCGGGACGUGCAGUUUAUGAUCGACCGGAAGGUCGAACGAUGCUGGAGAGUAUUAUGGAAAUAUGUCACGCCGAUCCUGCUGAGCUUUAUUUUCUUCACCACGAUUGCCUACAACACGGAAGUAACGUACAAUAGUUUAUCGUACCCACGUUGGGCUAUUGCUGUGGGAUGGGUUAGUUGUGGUGCUUCAAUGAUCUGUAUUCCAGCGUUCGUAUUCUAUCGAUUAGCCAAUUCGAAAGGAUCUCUUAUGACGCGAUUGCGAAAUGAGUUGAAACCACAAGAUUGGGGUCCAGCCGAUGCGCAUGAUCGUGAGCUGUGGAAUGCCGCUAAGACAAACGACACUCUAGUUGAUUAUCUUUAUUGAAACAUCAUAUGCUGAUUGAAAAAUAAAGUAUGUUUUGUUACACCGAAA